GCUUGCUUAGAGAUCCCGUCGGCGGUCGAUGAAGUCAAAGCGAGAGGAGUGAUCAGGAGCUUACGAGCGGGGCCGUGUCAGACUUCUUUGGAAAAAAUCUCGGCCUGUAAUUAUGACGAGGUGUUACAGAGGUGCAGGAAGUAUAUUAACCUCGAGGAGAUGGAGGUGGAGUUUGCCAAACAGGAGGAAUUAGCUCGACCAGAAUCGAAGAAGGAGAAGCCAAAUUCGCCAAAGAUGAGGUUGCCCAGGAGGGAGGGGCGAGCUAGGCAGGAUCGAGGGCGUGAGGAUAGGUGGAAGGAUCGACCCAUUGUUGGAGGAAAAAGGUUCCAUGGUUACACCCCGUUGAACGCGAAAGUUGCUGAGGUGUUGGUGGCUAUGGAGAAGGAUAUUAGUGCGAGAGAUGUAACAUGGCCCAGGUCGAGGUUUGAGGGGCCAACUCAGCCAAAGUCGAGGAGGUAUUGUCGAUUCCACAAGGAUUAUGGUCAUACCACGGAGGAUUGCCGACACUUAAGGAUGAGAUCGAGCGCCUUGGGUGAUGAUGGAAAGAGAAGGCGAGUAAAUGGAUAUCGGGGGAGGCAAGAGGAUAUGGGCCAGGUGAAGAGAGGAACGAUAUACAUGAUUUCGGGGGGACCGACGGAUGGGGACUCGAACAAUGCCAGAAGGGGACAUUUUCGAGCGGUGAAGAGGAAGAGAGAAGAAGUGGGUAUUACGGCUCGAGUACCGGAGAUUAGUUUUCGGGCGGAGGAUGCAGAAGUGGUGGUGUUACCCCAUAAUGAUGCUCUGGUGAUUACUGCCGAGGUUGCUGGGUAUGAUGUCAAAAGGGUAUUUAUUGACAUGGGGAGUUCAGUCGAUGUUAUGUUCUAUGAUUGCUCUGUGCAAAUUAAUCGGGAGUUGAACAUGGAGCUGGAGCCA